AUGGGUAGACAACGCGCAUUUCGCGGGCACCCGGCGACGUGCCUCGUCGCGGGUGCGGCUCCACACGGUUGUUUUGCUUUGCAGCGCUCCCCUAACCCUUCUCUCAUGCAGGCGGAAGCACUGGCUGCUUUUUUCUUGCCUUGCUGGCAUUCGCCGGCGGUUUGCCCCAACGCAUCGGUGCCUGCACGGACUCUGACUCGCUGCGGAUUGACGCCUUUGAAGAGGAGAGCAGCGCGCCUUGGCGCGGCAAUUGGAAGUAUUAUUUUGUGUCCUAUUUUUGGCGUUCACGGCAUCUCCGCACGGAUGGCGCGUCGCGUGGUUCUAGCGGCUGGCCGCUUUGUGCACUCACGACGAGAGCGCAGCUGCCGUGGGUUGGUCUGCGGACCAAUUGGCGUCUGGGUGUUUGCUGGGCCCCGUCCGGGGUGCAAAGGUGCGUCCGCCGGGCCGAACUGCGGUCGCCUUGUUUCGCUCUUUCGCUCUGCGGGGGCCGCCGCCAGGCGGAUACUCCUCGCGAAGAUUGUACGUGAGGAAAUAAGGUGGUGUUUGAUCUACUUAUCUUUGCAUCGAUUGUCGGGAAGCGUAAGUUUUCGAAGCCCAUUCAAACCCAACCCGCUCUGCCGCCGCGUGGGAGGCGGGUUAAAAGCCUCCUUUUGCGUCGUUACGCGGUGA